CGCCGCGCGUGCGCCGCAGCCCCGCCCCUUGCGGCGCGGAGUGAUGGCGGAGCUGGACGUGGGGCGGCACUGCCAGGUGGAGCGCUGCCGGCGGCGAGAUUUUCUUCCAUUUGUGUGCGAUGGUUGUUCAGGAGUAUUUUGCCUUGAACACAGAAGCAGAGAGUCACAUAGCUGCCCUGAGGUGACUGUAAUCCAUGAGAGACUGAAGUCAGAUAAGCCUACAUCUUACCCAUGCUCAUUCAAGGACUGUGCGGAAAAAGAGCUAGUGCCAGUUACAUGUCCUUAUUGUGAGAAGAAUUUUUGCCUGAGGCACCGUCAUCAAUCAGAUCAUGAAUGUGAAAAACUGGAAAUUCCUAGGCCUCGUAUGGUUGCCACUCAGAAACUUGUUAAAGACAUUAUUGAUUCUAAGACUGGAGAGACGGCAAGUAAACGAAGGAAAGGUGCAAAAAAUAGUGAAACAGCUGCAAAGGUAGCGUUGAUGAAAUUAAAGAUGCGUGCUGACGGAGAUAAGUCAUUGCCACAGACAGAAAGAGUUUACUUUCAGGUUUUCUUACCUAAGGGGAGCAAAGAGAAGAGCAAACCAAUGUUCUUUUGCCACCGAUGGAGCAUUGGAAAGGUCAUAGACUUUGCAGCUUCUUUAACCAGUCUUAAAAAUGACAAUAACAAAUUAACAGCUAAGAAGUUAAGGUUAUGUCACAUUACUUCAGGAGAAGCCUUACCCUUGGAUCAUACUUUGGAAACCUGGAUUGCUAAGGAGGAUUGCCCUUUAUAUAAUGGUGGAAAUAUUAUCUUGGAAUAUCUUAAUGAUGAAGAACAAUUUUUAAAAAAUGUUGAUUCUUACUUGGAAUAGUCAUGUAAGGACUCAAGCUGGAGAUGACAAGGAAAAUUCUAUGUUAAGUCAAUUUCCUUUACUACAAAUACAAUAUAUUUUAUUUUUAAAAGUUGCUUUCUAACUUAUUUCCAUUAUGUCAUAAUUUACAUUAUCAGUUUUCUCUUAAAUUGAAUUCAAAUUUUUGUGUGUUAAAGUUUAACUAUGAAUGGACAUUGAAUUAUCAGCAAAUUCAUGUCUUUAGCUUUUAUUAGGUUCUGCUUAGUAACAACAAAAAAGGUGUAUUUCAUUUAGUUAAUGUCAGUUGUCAUGACUUUCUGCUGCAUACCAUCUUUACUCUAGGAUCAAAGCUGAAGGAAUGACUCCUGUUUGGAGUCAUUGCUACUUUUAAGGCAAUGGAAGAGAAGAGAUGGCUUUAAGAAAACACACAUGUAACUUUUGCUUUAAGUAAGUAAUAUGGCCAAGCCUGGCAUCAUGAGGCCAGGAUAUAUGGCCUUAACUGUAUAUCCAGAUGUAUACAUUGAUGUGUGUACAUGAAUCAUAGAAACUUAGAGACCAUCUCAUUCACUCUUCUAAGUUUUUAGAUGAGGAAUCUCAGGCCUAGGAAGAAGAAACAGUUGUCUUGGUGUCAUCUAACUGCUUUGGGGCAUAUCUCUGAUAAAGGUCCUCCUCUAGUAGGAUUUACCUUUUUUUUUUUCUUUUUUUGUAUAGAUGUAUUACAAAUGAGAGUAAGAUGAAGUCACACAACUUCAUUACAGUAUCUUUAUAUAUAUAUCAAAGCAAAAUAUAUACCAAAAGGAACUAUAUUUUACCAACACAUUAAAAUUAUUGCUUCUGAUUGAUAUAUUCCAUCAGUACUCAACAAAGUACUACUAUAUAGAAGGAAGAGAAAUGGUUUAUUUUCCCUUUUUGUUGUUGGGGAAGGCUUUGUCCCUUUUCUAUCUUAAUUGUCAAGGUCCCAUAUAGUGACUUUAUGUAUAAUUAAAUAAAGGAAUUAAGCUCAGAA